UGCAUUGUUCUAUAGUCAUUGAGGCGACUUGCAGCCAGCGCAGCCCCAGACUUCGAGCUGCACCCGCCCUUAAGUCUAUGGGUAGUUCCAGCAACUGAACUAAACCAAGAAAAUAUGUAUUUUAGCCCCCUUUCCGUGAUCUUUUCUUGGUUUUAGACUUCGAUCUUCUCGGCUGGAUUCGAGAUUUAUCAUGUCCUUAAACUUUUGCUGCCUCUGAAAAUCCGCAUGGCCUGAGGAUCUAUGUGGGAUGAGAUCAGCGAUCAUGUUCCAUCUGGAAAACCUUUAGCAGACACCUGGAAGGAGACCAUGAAGUGGAUUCUCCAAGUUAUAAUUCUCAGCUGUGCUGUCUUAAUCCCAGAAACCUCUCCAACCACCUACAAGGCCCAUGAAAACGACAACAUCACCAUCAGGUGGGACACCUUGUCCCGGUCCGACCUGACCAACUCCAGCCUGGUCUGUGUCUUCCUUUCAAAGUCCAGUGUUCUGUACAAGAGGGUAAACGGCGUGGAGUCUCCAGAUUAUCUGCAUCAGCAGUUCGCAGAGCGAGUUCAGUGUGAUGUAGACGCUCUGAGAGAAGGACGAGUUGUUCUUCAUCUCUCCAAAGUCACAGCUGAGGACUCUGGGAGAUACCGCUGUGACCUGCGUGAUCGUUACAACACGAUCCAGAGAAGAUGGGAGACCUACAUGGAUGAAACCUUUCUCCUGAAUGUGACUACAGCCUCUAAAGACGAGAACCGAGUGCUCAACAGUGACCUUGCGUCUGCCGCAGGCACUGAAGAUCCACCUAUAGGACGUAGACGAAGACGACGAGCGAAUGACCCAACGGGAGCUGGAACUCUUCUGGCGGUAGUCGCUCUGGCAGCUCUGAUACUGUAUGGAGUCUAUCUCAUACUCAGAUCUCGAUUCUAGAGCAUCCAUCAUCAGAAACAUGACAUUGCUGACAUUUACUCUGUACCUGCACACUGCGGGAUUCUGGGAAAAUCGUCCGUCCAUCAGUUGGUUCAUAAUUUAAAAAAAUAGACAUAUAAGCCAAAAGCAGGCGUAAAAAGUUAAAAUGAUUGUCAUAAUCUAAAAAAAAAAAAGAAAAAUAUCCCAAUGUUUUAUAGCUAAACUUCUGCUAUUUAAAUGGUCAUAUAUCACAAUGUACUGUAAUAUUUUUAUCAUUCAAUUUUGAAUGAAUCUUUUUGAACUACAGCAGGUUAGAACUUGCAGCUCCAGGCACAAAGAGCUAAUAUUUGAAUCCAUAUUGGAGUGUACUCUACCACAUGUUGGUCCUUUCUUCUAUUUGAAGAUUUUUUCAACAAUAUUUUAACAAAUUAAAGCUAUUUUUGCAAUAGUUUUUAAAAUAGGUCAUGUUUACAUUUUCAGCCUUAGUCCCAACUCCCCUUGAAGGGUGGAUAUGGGCUGUCUGCAGGUGAAAAAGGGUUACAAAUAUUUGACAAAACGCUAACCACACGUUCCAUUUUCAUGAGGUGGUCAUACGAGCCUCAAACGAACUGACAUUCUUGUGCUCUCUACAACCCUCCACUGACCCAGACUACCCAAAAACAAGCACAACAAGCAAGUUACUUGACAGGAAACCCAUUCACUAAAAAACACAAAUCUGAGAUAUUAAAAGCAUUAAAAGUAAUCUUUUAUAAUUAUUUUUUAAAUAAUUGGAAUUGGUCAAGCAAUCAAAACAAAUUAAAAUGUAAGAAGACAAACAAAAGACAUAUAUACCACUAUGUAGAUUAUGUUUAUGAAUAGUUGCUUUAAAGGAAGGAGGAAGAAGUGACUUCAUACAAUCUAAUCCCUCUUAUAUUUUACUUUUUUUUGGAAAGUAACCACAAUCUGGUUCUAUUUAAAGAUAUCUAUACUUUACCAAUAUAGGUGAAGAUCAUAUAUCAAGUAUUAUUAAAUUCCAAUGACCAAGAUGAAAUACUUAUUGACAUAAUACAAUAUACCAUUGGAAAAAUCAUUAUAACUGUUUAAGGGGGGUUAGUAAUUGUUAUCAGAAAAGAUUACUUGCACUGAUUCAAAAUUAAUAAUAAUAAUUAUUAUUAUUAUUGUUUUUAUUAUGUUGUAUACUUUUUUCUGUCAAAAUCUGUGUCAUUAUCUUGAUUGAACAAAGUACUAAUAAAUAAUGCAUUCCGGCUGUGGCCCAAGAA